AUGAGUUUUGACCUGUACGAAAAGGGCAUGAAAGUCGAAGCCACCGCAGAUUUCGAAGUUCGCGAGGUGAUGGCCUCCCCGGUGGGUUCAUCGGUACGCAGCAUUUCAACCGGAGACGCCGGCGAGGUUCGCGAGAAGCGCACCAUCGGGCCCGCCACGUGGCUCAUCGUCUACUUCGACAGCGUGAAACGCCAGAUAAACAUCGACCAGACCAAUAUCGAUAACAUCAAGCCCGCCUGA